AUGAAAAUGUUUCUUAAUAGGUUUAAGGUUGAGCUUAUACUGAAAAAUAUCUAGUUGUGUUUUUAUGGGUAGGAGGUCUUUUGGAGUUAAAUUGUAAUAGUUAUUUAACUAUUUAAGGUUGAAGAUAACAACAUGAUAGUGGUACACAACUAUUCAAAAUAAGUUCAAAACGUAACAACUAUGAUGCUAGCAUAAUUUGAGUCUUUUUUGAUGAUGCCUUUUAUUGAAAUGAAGUAUAUUAAAUAUAGCAGAUCUUUAUUGCUUUAUUUUCAAUCCAUUAUUUUCUCUUAAAGAUUUCUAAAAGAAUUUCUCAAAAUUUUCUACAAAAUCUCUUAUUUCAAGUUGUUUGAAUUGGCUGAUAAAAUUUUUUAUUUGGUAUUAUUCUUUUUCAAAGUUUGA